CUUGUUUGAUCAUGUUAUUAGGUGCAAGUCAGCUCAUGAGAUAUGGAGGACCCUCGAUCGACUGUUCAACAAGAAGGAUGAAGCGCGACUACAGAUCUUGGAGAAUGAAUUGGCUAACACCAUUCAAGGAGCUACUAGCCAAACAGAUGGCUAGUGUGUCUAUCAAAGAAGGGGAAGGAAAUGCUCUUGUAGCUGACAAGAGGAAUUUUAAAGGAAUACAAAAGCGAAGUGGCUCAAGAGAGAUGAUACAUUCUCAAUUCCAUGAGGGGUCAAGCUCGCCAAGACAAAAGGAAGAGUCUUCUAAUAAUGGUAAGAAGAUUAUUAAAUGUUAUCGAUGUGGUGAAGUAGGACACAUAAAAAGAUUUUGCCGAGCCAAGGAAAGCUACAUGGCUCAAACUGAGAGAGCUCCUGAAGAAGAAGAUUGGGGAAGGUGCUUUAUAGCUGAGACUCGAGUAGUAGAUGCCUUGGCUUCUCUCAAUUUCGAAAGAGGCUGGACCAUGGAUUCAGGAUGUGGGCACCAUCUCACUGAAGGUGAAUCUAAAUUUUUCAACUUCCAAGAAAACAAUGGUUGUGAUGUCAUUGUGACAGAAGAUAAUACGGUCCAUCACGUGGAGAAGGAAGACAUUGGUGUCAUCAACAAAAAGCAAGAAGAUUCCAAAGAUGUUCAGACUAGUGACGUGGUAACUGCUAUCGAGGAAAUCAACGAAGCGGAUCCUGAAAUUGGUAAUAAAAGUCUGAACGCGGAGGAUGUUGAAGUGGAUCCUGAGCAUGAAGUUUCUGAGACUAUAUGUGAUAAUGGUGACCAUUCCGAAGAAAGCAUUAAGGGAAUUGUAGUGGAAGUUGAAGUCUCUAGUCAAUCAUCUGUCGUAUCAAAGUCAAUCACUAACUCAGAUCAAAUACUGGAAGCAGAUGGAGAAGCUGACGGUCAAAUAAAUAAAGAGGUUAACCUUGAGGGCUCAAUUUCAUAUGGAGAGACAAAUAAUAUGGUUCUCGGAUGCUCUGAAGCUGACAAACAGAUCAUUGAGGAGCUGAAAAAGGAUUCUGGUGGUGAAUCCUACGGUAGUGCUAACUCUUCGCAGGAAAUUAAUGGUCAGAUCAUCACCGACUCAGGUAUUUCUCCAGAUAACACAAUUGUUAAGCAGCUAAGAGAAAGGGGGAGUCUGAAAACUCAAGAAUGUGAAACUCAACAUGAAGAUGAUUCACGUGCUUCGCAAAGGCCAAAAAGAAAUAUUGUCAAGUCUAGCCAUAACAGAGAUGAAAAUUUUGAAGAAGGAAGAAGUGUCGAAAAAUUAUUGUUGAGAUCUUCACCAAGGCACACCCAAAAGCUUCGUCUAAGUUCUUCCACGACAAGUUCGGGAUAGCUUCCAAAAAAUUACUUUAAGGGGGAGUGUGAAAAAAUAAAGUUAAUUUUUUGGAAGAACAAAAAUAUCAUAGAUAUAAUAUCUUUGAUAUAUAUUGUAUUUAAGAAUUGUCUAGAAAUUCUAGACACUUAGAUAUUUAUAGUUGAGGAUAGAAUUAUCUAGAAUAGUCUAGUGUAGGAUCUUGGAUAAUUAUUCUAAAGAAAAUCUAGAUAUUCUAGAGUAGUGGAGAUAAAGAUGGUUAGAUUUUUCUUAUGGAUUUAUCUAGAAUAAUAUCUAGAAGCAUCCCUAGACAAGUAUAAAUAGGGGUGGCCUUAGUCAUUUGUAACCAAGUCAAGCCAACCCCAAUUGUAAGCUAAUACUAUCAAUAUAAGUCUUUCUUCCAUAACCAAAUUCUCCUUUUUCUAGCUUCCUCUUCUUUAGUUGAAUCUUCCGAUCUUAGUUAGAUCUUGGGCUAGCAGAAGGUUUCCCCGAUUUACUUUUCUUCUGCUAUAUUUCUCUACAAUACUUACACCCAAUUUUAAAUCAAACUAUAUCAAUUUAGCAUGGUUAAGUGAUUUAAUAGGGUGAAAGGUGAGCAUAUACAAGUAACCACUAUCUUGAGUGAUAAUCAGAGGUGAAUCCAAGAUUUCAAGAGGAUGGGUUCACCAUUAGCUAUGUUGCAGCUUAGCGCCUAUUGUUUUUUUUUAAAUUUCUUUUGCCUUUGGGACUUGGGUUAAUUAGAAGUAAA